GCCCGCGCAUCGCCGCGGCUAUACAGUAGGACCGCACAGUCCGUACCGAAAGCAUCUACACUAUAAACGUGAUCUCACCGAGACUUGCAAAAAACGCAACCGAGUACUUACUUGCUUGUUCGAGAAGACAGUACACUUGUUCUAUCCUUAGAUCGCGAGGAAAGUCGAGAACGUUCAAGACUGCAGCGCACAGAGUGCAUCGCGGUGCGCCGAGCGAGAAACAAAGGGAGAAAAAGAAGAAGGUGAAGGGAAAUACAAAUCGUCGGGAGACAGGAUGGCAACAGUCCUGAUGCGAAUGGGCCUGCGCCCGGCCCUCGUUGGCAAGAGCCUCCUCGAGCGGAAACUCGCCCCGAGCAUCUGUUCCAGCUUCCUGGAGAACAACGAAUUCGCCAGCGACGCCACUCACCGCUCGCUCGCGCAGACGAGCCCCAAGUUCCAGUACUUUGCCGUGCGUCAGAUGAGCAGCGGCAAGCGCAACGUCCACCACACGAGGACAUCGGCCUCGCUGGACGAGAAGCACGACGACGACAGUGACUUCGAUAGCGACAGCGACAGCGACGACGAGAAAUCGAGAAAGGAGCCGUCCAGGGUACGUGAUACUCGGCAUGCCAGCACUGAGUCGCACUUCUGGAGACGAAAAAUGAGGACUCUACACAGUCACUUGGACGUCAACAAGGAUGGAGUCCUCAGUUACGACGACUUUAUGCUUCUAGGCGAGAGGUUCGCCAAAAUGGGACACCUCACCGCGGAGCAGAAAGUAGAGUUCCAGAAGGUUUUAAGUCAAAUGUGGGAAGAGCAGUGGGGUGAAGUCAGUCCAUAUAAUUUCGUUGAUGUCGAGAAAUAUCUUGCGGAGAUGCAUCACGUUCUCGAGGACGAAUCUCUGAGGCGAAAAGUGCACCACUUUUUGCCAUACUUAUUCAAAGCUGUUGACAAAGAUAACAGUGGUGAAAUAUCAGUAGAAGAGUUCAAACUUUUCUUCAAAUGUUUAGGAUUAGGCAAUGACGAUGCAGUAGUCAGCUUUACUUACAUUGAUACCAAUGAAGAUGGAAAAAUUAGUCUUAAGGAGUUCGUUAAGCUGGGACGUGAUUUCUUCCUCACUCAAGAUCAUCACAGGCCCAGCAAGCAUUUCUGGGGACCGUUAGUUGAUUAAUAAAUAUCAGCGUCGCAUAAUGUUAGUCAUUCUCAGUGAUAUAUUGUUUACUCUCAUUCGACGAGACUCAUUCGAACGUUUUCAUCCAAUUUGUGACCGCAGUACCGUAUUUGGUACUUGGAAAACUUAUCUUUAUAUUUUUUUAUACUUAGACGUAUAUUUAUAUUUACAAAAAAAAAACACGUUUUAUAUCUUUAUAAUGCACAAGCAGCACAGUGCUGGGCAUUGUGAUACCCUGCACUGUGCUACACACAAUGUUUUAUAAAAAGAUGUAUUGUUUUACGUAAUAAAACAAACCAAGAAUUACAAA